AUGCCAUAUCACAUGUUUUUGCUUGAAGCCCUCUUUGAACUUUUCGAAUCAAUUUUUGCUGAAGCAAGAAAGCAAAUUUCAGCUGAAAAUAAGGCUGUUAUAAAUCAAAUUUGCGAUGAAAAAUUUGUCGGAAAUGAAGAAGGAAAAAGUGUUAUUGAAAAUUGUGUUGAGUCGUUAAAUGGUUUAAGCACAAAGCUUGAAAAAUGUAAUGUGAAGAUUGGAAAAGUUUUUUCUGCAAGUAAUUUUUAA